AUGCGGAUUGUCCAUGGGUAUAAAAACGUAGCAAACAAAUUUCUAGAGAAAACCGGCUUAUUACAUUUGGCCAAACAAAUGAAAAACAAGUUUGACAACUUGAAGAAAGAUUGGAUAGCAUGGAAGAAGUUGGAGAAUGCCAGCCACGGCUUGAUAGGGCUUGGGUGCGACCAUGAGACGAGCUUGUUCACUGCACCUGACCAUUGGUGGGCCAAAAUGCAAGCGAUGAACAACCGAUGUGCUAAAUUCAAGAGUAAGCCUCUAAAGCAUGUGGACCUCAUGGAGCGGGUGUACUCUGGCGCAGCAGUGACUAGGAAACAUGCAUGGACUCCAACAGAAGUGUGCGCUGAUGAUGCUGCGACCAAUGCUAACGAGGAUAUUGGGAUGAGACCUCUCAGUGCAGGCACACCACCACAGCCGGGCCAUGACACUUUCGGGGAGAACGUUGUUGAUAGUAGCCUCUUUGACGAUGCUCUCCCCCUAGUCAGCCGUGGAUGGAUCAGCCAAUGCAAAACGUCGCAAGCGAGCAGUGCCUGGUACUGUCACUAG